GAUUUGCCUGUACUUUUGGUCCGGAAACGAGGAGAGUGAGUGAGAAGAGCAGCGAAUCGCAAACAUGACGGACUAUGCACAAGAGCAGGAGAUGGAACUUGAAGCAUUGGAAGCCAUACUUAUGGAUGAUUUCAAAGAAAUUCACUCAGGAGAGAGUGGGUUGAAUACUUCCAACAGGUGCUUUCAGAUCAUAGUGACUCCACAGGAUGAUGAUGCAGAGUUUGAAUCAACACUAGUUCAGUUGGGUUUGAUUUUCUCGCACACUGAAAAAUAUCCUGAUGAACCUCCGCUUUUAAAUGUUAGAAGUUUACGAGGAAUACACACGGAAGAUCUUAGAAUAUUAAAAGAGAAGCUUCAACAAGAGGCAUCUGAAAAUCUUGGUAUGGCUAUGAUCUACACUUUAGUUACAUCAGCUAAGGAAUUGCUUUCUGAACAAUUUGGUCAGGACAGUAACACUGAAAAUGUUGAAGCAGAAGAAGCAGAAAAGGAAGAUAUAGUUGUACCGCAUGGAGAACCAGUGACUGUUGAAACAUUCCUGGCAUGGAGAGAGAAAUUUGAAGCGGAGUUGGCGCUCGAACGUGCCAAGUUAAUGCCCGAGUCUGCUCUCACAGCACCUAAGGAUAAGAAGCUAACAGGCAGACAGUGGUUUGAAAGUGGAAAAGCUGCUGCGAAAGGUGCAGCCACAGUCAAUGAAGGAUCUGAUGAAGAGGACGAGGAAGAUAUCGACUUCGAUGAUGAUGAUUUUGAAGAUGACGAAGAAGAUAUGCUUGAGCACUAUUUGGCUGAGAAAUCAGACUCAUCCUCACAUUCUUUGAGGAGAGCCAACUAAAUGAACGUUUGUGGAGCAUUUGUUGGCCUUAAAAACUUGCACUCGUCCCUUUUUGGCAUCAAGUCCUUGCUUGCACUUAGUGCGAUAAACAUAUCUUUUAGGUGAAAGAUGUAAUUAGAUAGGGGUGAGAUGGAUUGAGAGAGAUAAAGUGUUGUAAUUUGGAAACUUCGUUCAUCAAUUUAAGUAUUUAUUUUCCA